CUAUUUUGAAAGUGACCCCUCAUUCGGGCACGGGACAGCGACACUGCAGCUGUUUGGAACCAUGACUGAAGAUGACGGAUUCGGUUGUCGUGGAAGGAUAUGUCAAAUUCAGAGAUGGAAAAAAGUGGAAGACUAGGUGGGUCGUACUUCGCAAGCCAUCGCCUGUAGCAGACUGUUUGGUACUUCUCGUCUACAAAGACAAGUCGGAUAAAGCCCAGGGCCACCGGGAGAAGGGCAGCAUCACCUUGGAGGAUAUCUGUGGACUGGAGACAGGUCUCUCCUAUGAGGGGGUAAACUACACGCUGGCUAUCCUCUGCCUGGGCCAGGUUGCUGUGCUGGGCUUCGACGGCAAGGAGGCUCUGCUGGCCUGGGAUAUCCGCAUCCGCUACAGUCUUGGUGAAGUCCAUAGGUUUAGCGUUGGCAUCUUACCAGGCACCAAGUUGGAGAGUGGGCCUGCGAUCCUUCACUUGUGUAACAACCUACUGGUUCUGGCCAGGGACAUCCCCCCUGUUAUCAUCGGCCAGUGGAACCUCCCGGACCUACGCAGAUAUGGACCCGUACCAAGUGGCUUCGUCUUUGAGGGGGGAACGCGCUGCGGCUACUGGGCUGGCGUCUUCUUCCUAUCGUCCAUGGAGGGAGAGCAGAUCAGCUUUCUGUUCGACUGCAUCGUCAGGGGCAUCUCCCCCACCAGAGGCCCUUUUGGACUGAGGCCAAUCCUGCCUGACCCCAACGCCGCCGCCAACCAGGCCUACUCUGAGGAGAGGGUAAACCAUGAGGCCCAGGAGCUGGAGAAACGCCUUAGCAUGCUGUCUCACCAGAGCAGCACAGCCUCCUCCACGUAUGGUCUGUCUGUGGCGGGAGACGACCGCAGCAUAUCAGGCUCCUCUGACACCUCCGACACCAGCCAAUCAGACUCCAGCAUCGGCAGCCGGCUGGCCAUUUGGACUGAGCCCGUCACAACAAGCUCCCCCCCCACAGAGACCAUCAUUGGCCAGUCUGUGCCCAAGGUGGCCUUACAGGCCGAGGAUAAACUGUCCGUCAUCCAGGUGGGUGGAGCUCGUGCAGUAGCCAAGCCACCUAUGUCCCGGCAGCUGCAGGAGAUUGGUCGACAGAGCUCAUCCGACAGCGGCAUCGCCACAGGAAGCCACUCCUCCUACUCUGGGAGUUUCUCCUCCUAUGCAGGUAGCCUGGACAUUGGUUCUGGGGGGGAUGACUUUGGCUCCCUGCUCAGCCUGCCCCCUCACCUGGACCUGGCCCCCUGUACCUGCCCCCCAGCCCCAGGACAGGAGUACCAGGUACCCACGUCACUGAGAUACCUCUACGACACCCCCCGGAAUCUACUGCAGGGGGGAACAGGAGGGGCCAGGGGGCAUCAGACCUCCACAACAUCUAAGGACCAGGCGGGUAGUUCACCCCAAUCACACCCAUCAUGUAAAUCAGUACAGAGGGAAAAAGAGGGUCCUCUCGGGGGUCGCUCGGACACUGUUGCCAGGCGCUCGAUGGCUGAUCUCUUACAGGGCCACUCAGAGGAGAGUAAGAGCGGGGUGGCGCCCUCUAGUGACAGUCAACAUCCAGACUCCUAUCAGAUAUGCAGCAGCAGUUCCCAAGCCACUGCCUCCAAAACCCUCCUAACCAUCUGCGCCACCUGUGGAGGAUUCAAGGGGACUCCACUCUCCUACACUGGGGGCUCAGCAAUGCCAGCCGUACCAGAUAAGAAGCAGAAGAGUAAGGAGGAGAGGCACAAAGUCGAGUAUGAGAUCAUGGAGAGCCGGGCGUUGGAGAAGAGUUCAGAGCCAGAAGAGAAAAGCAAGUACGAGCUGAUGGGCAGUUGUGGACAACAACGGUUCCUUCAUGAGACUGAAGGGGCCAUGUUUGUGUUCCCGACAGAAAUGGCGGCUCCCGAAAGACCCCGCGGUGAUGGAGUGACCUACGUCAAUAUUCCCAUCAGCCCCACGUCCAAGAAACAGCUGAACUACAUGGAGCUGGAGCAUCAGGAGCAAACUGGGGUCAGGGGGACUGGCCAACACCUCCCAGGACAGAGGAAAAGUUCCACUAAAUAUGCCCAGAUUGACAUCACUGCUACGGAUGCCGCCCACAAAACGGGUACCCAGCAUGCCCUGGGGCGAGAGGAGGGUCUUCGCACCCUGGAGCAGAGGAGGAGGGGAGUGCCACAGUGACAUCACACCUCCAAUCUUGACCUCCACAGGGCCUCUGGCCCAGACCAGACUGUUGUAUAAAUCUCUAGAAUUCACCAGAAACUUGGAUUUCCUGGGGCACCUCCAGCUGCCAUGAUGUCAAACUCCUCAGAGAUCUGCCACAUUUGAUUUCUCUAACAUCAAUUGUUGAUGUCUUCGGACAGUACUGUCAUUCUGCAAUCACGAAAGCAACAUGAAAACAAACUGUAAUUAAAAAGACAAAAGCUGCUGCAUGGAUUUUAAGGGAUGUAAAGGGGACAUUUCAAUCCCUUGUGGAACCAGACAUCUCAUUAGAAGGCAUCACUGUCACUGUCACAGCCCUGGGCAGACUUGGGAGGAGUGGGGGGCUGAAAGUGCCAGUCUUGGAACUGAGUCAUUACCCAGGCACAAACCCCCGGAGGAGCAGUGGGUUUUUCACAGCCUCGUCUGUGCCACCCCUAAUCUAAUACAAUACGGUUAGUACCUCGUUUGGGGGAGAUGAGGAGGGAGUUGGAAAAAAAGCAUCACCCUCUAACUCCUCUCUGAUUAUCGUUUUACUAAUUCUAUAGUGUUUACUUGUAUGAAAGCCUUGAUUGAGGCCUUUUGAAAGAGACUAGUUUAGUUUAGCACAGGGCCAGAUAGAUAAUGGAUAAUCAGUCUAUAUUUAUCCUGUACAGUACAUGCAGUCUUACUCAUUCAGAAUGUCGAAGCUACAGCGACGUUCAACAAACUUUUUAAGAACUUUAUGAAGCUAAUGCAACAAAGUGGGCAUAGACGUUCCGGCGGUGUUUGUAUACCAAUGAGACCAACGCGAUUAAGCCCUCAUUAUUGGGUUCUGGUGACUCAGCCCAGGCUUGUAAUUGUUCCGCGUUGGCUAAAUGAACUUUGGUUGGCUUGAGUGUGCCUAAUUGCCCGCUGUUGACCACAUCCGUAGCGUUCGUUUCUGGGCGCUCUCCAUUUGUUUUUCAACUACACGGUUCACAUAGCUUCGCUGAGGGACAGACAGACAGAGCUUCAGCAACAUACACCCUAUAAAUAAUUCAUUGGAUUUUUUUCAGCUUCGCAGAAAAGAAAAAUGAAAAACAAUAUCCCGGAAAUGUUUGUCAGAAGCGCCUGUGGCCCCCCAUUAUGCAAACAUAUAUCUUUUUUUUUUUAAUAGCUAGAUAAUUUAAGACAAGAGUUCCUAUGUAAAAGUAACCUUAUUGGAAUAGAAAUUUCUUCUUGUCUAUAUUCCCUACUUUGUGUUGAACAUAUGCGUUUGUUUUGCUGAUACUUUAGACAGUCAUUAUUUUAUUUGUGAUGUUAGUGCGGUUCUCAUUAUAUUAGCACAUAUAUCACUUUUUCAUAUACGCAAAUGUAACCUUGUCUAGAGAGAAAUAUACUUGUAUUAAAACCAAUAUAUAUUUCUCCGGUACCUGUAAAUACAUUUCCCUGUUUCUGUGCUAGAUGUCUUGGACUGCCAUACAUUAUAUAUUUGAAGAUGAUGUGUAUGUACAGAUCAAUGUUAAGAGUUUUACAUAAGAUGUCUGUAUUUUUUCAACAGCCUUUUAUUUUAACAUUUUAUUUAUAACAAAUAACAGCCAUUUGCUUUGACGUGUUGAGUUAAUUUCUUUAUGUACUAGUUCACUGAUUGGACUAUUUUUAUCCUCAUGUGGCUCAUUGAACAUAAAGCCAAUGGUUACACUGCACUUACAACAACCUUUACAACCAAAUGGUUGUUUGUUUUGGUUGGAGUAAAAGAGUCUAGUCCUGUUUGUCAUAGGGACCGGAUGUUGGAGCUGUCUUAAAGGCAGUAAGUAACAGGAGGCAACAGAAUUUGGUGCAAAAAGUGUAAGCAAUCCAAUGGAUAUUUACAUAGGACUACAAAAAUAUUUACAAAAUAGGCAGAUUCUCAAAUGCUGUCAAAACACUGAUUUGAAUUAAAUAAAAACCUCAAAAUCAGGCCUACUCUGCCAAAACAACUAUAGCAGGUUGGGGUAUACCAGGCCACCCCACAUGAACAAAAAUAUUAUAGUAUACUAUGGCAUAAAUACUAUAGUAUUCACUCGUGUUUUUGCAGACUUCACUGUAGAAUUCACUGUACUGUUUUUGUGGACUUGAGUCAGCAUGAUGUAGUAUUUACUGUACUUUACUGUAGUAUUUACAGUUAACUAUAGUGUAAAAGAAAAUUGUACUAUAUAUACUUUAGUAAUUAAUGUAGUGUUUUUGCAGAUUGUAGUAUACUAUGGUAUUUACUGUAGUGUUUACUAUAGUGAUUUUGUUUUAUUAUCUUUGACAUUGAAGUUGAAGCGUUCUCCUUGAGGAAACCUACUGGAUAAAUACUAAAAGAGUACAUUUUCCAUAACUGGUAGGUGGGUAGGACUGGGGUCUGAACAGAGUUCAGGUUUCUCACUUAUGGGUGGCACAAAUUGGGAUAUGGGGGAGGGGAAUGGGCAGGACAUUAACAAAUUAAAUACUGUAGUAUUUACUAUAGUAAAAAAAGUAUAGUGUUUUUGCAGACUGUCAUGUUUUUGCAGACAUUACUGUAGUAUUCACUAUAAUGUUUUUUUGCCGAUAAUACUGUAGUACCACAUAUGUUAGAAGGAUACUACAGUGUGUAGUAUAGCAUUCUACAGUAUAGUAAGUACUGUAGUAUUCUAUAGUAAACUGUACGCUUUUUUUCAUGUUGUUCCUCCAGCACAUACUGUAUACCUGAGGUAGAAUAGAAGUGAAGCACAGCACUUCUGAUAAACAGACAGCUUUAUACCAAUGGGGUGAUUCCGCUUCAAACCAGGCCAAAACAUGAGCGUCACAGCAGUUGAAGCUUAGGUCAAUACAUUACAUUCAAUAGGAAAAUAUGAGCGUCACAGUGGUUGAUGCUUAGGUUAAGACAUUGCAUUCAAUUUUAAAAAGUUGGUGAUAAAGCUGCAAUAGAGAUAUUGUUUAGCGACUUAGGCAGACAGACAGGCAUAACCACAAAGACAGACAGACAGACAGACAGACAGACAGACAGACAGAUAGACAUAUACACUCAUAAGACAGACAGACAGUAUCAAGUCAAUGUAAAAUAACGUGACCGAAUUCAUUCUAACAAGGCUCUUAGUUUCUCAAACUGUAAGACCAUUGUGUCCAAUUAAGGCAAAAAUACUUCGGGACCAAUUCACUUCAAAUUUCACAUGCCGGGUCUCUACCGUCUCCAGUCAGAAAUAUGUAAAAGUUAGGAAAACCCCCCAUAUGACCUCCAAUUUACCUCAGCUAAAUGAUACCACGUGUGAAUUGUGCUUUGAGCCUCAACAGUUCUGUUGAUGUCACUCAAAAGCACCUUAAAUCUAGGGCAGGCUUCAAGUGAGGCCUACCUUUCUGCCAUGCGGUGGAGGAAAGGGCAAAUUACUUCAUUCCUAUUUGGAUUAGGGUUAGGGUUAUGUCUAUGGUUGAGACCGUAACCCUACUGUAGCUUCAUGCCCAUACCCAGCUCAACCCUAAAACUAACCCUACCUCUAACCCUUACCCUAACUCUAACCCUAACCCUAGCUUCAUGUUCACAUCCCGGCUCAACUCUAACUCUAACCUCAAUCCUGAACGUAACGCUGUCUGUCUAUGAGUGUAUAUGUCUGUCUGUCUGUCUGUCUGUCUGUCUGUCUGUCUGUCUGUCUGUCUGUCUGUCUGUCUGUCUGUCUGUCUCUCACCAAUUUGCCCAUUGCAGCUUUAUCACCAGCUUUUAUUGCAUUGAAUGCAAUGUAUUGACCUAAACAUCAACCACCGCGACGCACAUCUUUUCAUAUUGAAGGAAAUGUAUUGAUCUAAGCGCCAACUACUGUGACGCUCAUCUUUUCCUAUUGAAUGCAGUGCAAUGACCCUACUGUGACGCCUACCCUUUCCCAUUGAAUGCAAAGUAUUGACCUAAGCAUCAACUACUGUGACACUCAUCUUUUCCCAUUGAAUGCAUGAUGCAUAUCUAUCUUUUUGCAAUAUCAUCACAGGAAGUUUUUAGGCUGAUACUAGGCUGGGAUCCACUCCAAUUUGCUUACCCAUCCAACAUAUCCACUCAAGAUGCCAUUUCCAUCUCAAUCCACACAGCUCCAUCACACUUGGACAAGAAGAACAUCUGUGAGAAUGCUGUUCAUUGACUAUAGUUCAGCAUUCAACACCAUUGUUCCCUCCAAGCUUGUCACCAAGCUCAGGGCCACCCUCUAUCCUGUAUAUCCAUACGGGCAGACCACAGGCUGUGAGAGUUGGCAACAACACCUCCUCCACAAUGGCUCUCAACACGGGGGACCCUCAGGGAUGUGUGCUCAGCCCACUGCUCUACUCCUUGUUCACCUACGACUGCGUGGCAAAACACGACACCAACUCCAUUAUCAAGUUUGCUGAUGGCACCGAGGUUGUAGGCCUGAUCACCAACAGCGAUGAGAUGGCCUACAGGGAGGAGGUCAGAGACCUGUCAGUGGGACCACAGUGGAGAGAGCGCUUCAAGUUAAUCGGCAUCCACAUCACAGAGAACUUGACAUGGACCCACAACACGACAACUUUAGUCAAAAAGGCUUAACAGCGCCUCUUCUACCACAGGCGGCUGAAGAAAUUCUGCAUAUCCCCCGAACAAUCUGCAACUUAUACCACUGCACAAUUGAUAGCGUCCUGACAGGCUGCAUCAUGGCCUGUUACGGAAACUGCUCCGCUCCCGCCCCGCAAGGCCCUUCAACGGGUGCUGAAGAUAGCCCAGUCUAUCACUGGGGUCCAGCUCCCACCCAUAGAGGACAUUUAUUCUAAGCGGUUCCUCAGGAAGGUCUGCAACAUCAUCAAGGACGCACACACACCCCAGCCACGGACUGACUGUUCACUCCUUUAUCGUGGUAUCGGUGCAUCGAGAUCCGGACCUCCAGGCUCAGAGACAGUUUUUACCCUCAAGCCAUCUGACUGCUGAACACCUGAAUCAGGAGCGACCACCUGCAUACCAACAGUCUCCUUGCACUGGAGCUCACACCUUAGCACACAUACAGUACAUACAAAGUAAACACAUACUGUAUACACACACGGACGCACACACACACAUACUUUCACGGUACAUAUUCACGACUCCAGCUAUUACAUACUAUUAUUGCACAUUCAACAAUUUGCUCUCAAUUCCGCCUUCCUGGCACGUGUAAAUAUCCUUCUGUAAAUGUUUGCCCCCUUUAAAUUGUUUAAAUGCCUACCUGUAUUUAUAUUUCUGAAAAAUGUACUCUAUUUCUAUUCCAUCGAGCUAAAUCUAUUUGAUUGUUCCUUUUUUUAAAUUCUUACUAUGCGGCAUUGUCGAGAGUGAACCUGCAAGUAAGCGUUUCAUUGUAUUGUGUGCCAUGUGUAUCCUGUGCGUAUGGCAAAUAAACUUCACUUGACACAGGC